AGGGUUGGGGGGUAGGAGGAGGGAGAGCAUCACGAAGAAUAACUAAUGGAUGCUGGGCUUAAUACUUAGGUGAUGGUAUGAUCUGUGCAGCAAGCCACCAUGGCACACGUUUACCUGUGUAAUAAACCUGCACAUCCUGCACAUGUAUCCCUGAACUUAAAAUAAAAAUUGGAAAUUUAAAAAAAAGACCUUAGAAACGGGGCUUCCAAGAGUGGUCACAAUCAAUUACAGGAUUACUACAUAGAUUUUCUUAUUCCGUGCAUUAAAUUAUGUUUGCCCAAAAACAAUGUUACUAAAAAGAAAAACAUUUUAAUAUGAAACUUUGCUAUAGGUCUGUCCUGUACCCAUAAAGCAAUUGUUAACUCUUUGCUGAAUGCUUUGGGUAUCAAAUGGUGAUAAGAGAAGGGGGAAAGGGCACAUCAGCUGCCUUUCCUAUCACUGAGGAGUUUGAAAUUUCACUGGGGAGAUGUGACAAGUAUUCACAUCAUAGGUGGUAAAAACUAAACAGUUUAUGGAUAAACACCAGGAUGCCUGCUUUUAGUCAUCCAAUGCUUCAUUUAUUCAGAAGGCUUGCUAAACAGUUUGCAAAGCAUUAGAGAUGCAUUAUUUUGCCUGAUACACUGUCAAAUAUCACUGCCUUGCACAGAGGUCAUUGGAUUCACUCUGGAACUGAUAUCCUCUCCAAGACCAAAAGCUUGGCCAAGAAAGAAGAGAGAACUCUCACCACAACAUUUCAAAGGGAAUACAUUGCCAGAACUUGGAAUACCCUUCUGGACAAACAUUUCCUCCAAGGACACAGCCCUCUGCCUCCAUGUCACCACCUUUGAAGGACUGACUGAUUCCCUCGGCUGGUGCCAGUGCCUGCUCCUGCCAUGGGGCCCGCGGGGAGCCUGCUGGGCAGCGGACAGAUGCAGAUCACCCUGUGGGGAAGUCUGGCCGCUGUCGCCAUUUUCUUCAUCAUCACCUUCCUCAUCUUCUUGUGCUCUAGUUGUGACAGGGAAAAGAAGCCGCGACAGCAUAGUGGGGACCAUGAGAGCCUGAUGAACGUGCCUUCAGACAAGGAGAUGUUCAGCCGUUCAGUUACUAGCCUGGCAACAGAUGCUCCUGCCAGCAGUGAGCAGAAUGGGGCACUCACCAAUGGGGACAUUCUUUCAGAGGACAGUACUCUGACCUGCAUGCAGCAUUACGAGGAAGUCCAGACAUCAGCCUCGGAUCUGCUGGAUUCCCAGGACAGCACUGGGAAACCAAAAUGUCAUCAGAGUCGGGAGCUGCCCAGAAUCCCUCCCGAGAGCGCAGUGGAUACCAUGCUCACAGCGAGAAGUGUGGACGGGGACCAGGGGCUGGGGGUGGAAGGGCCCUAUGAAGUGCUCAAGGACAGCUCCUCCCAAGAAAACAUGGUGGAGGACUGCUUGUAUGAAACUGUGAAAGAGAUCAAGGAGGUGGCUGCAGCUGCACACCUGGAGAAAGCCCACAGUGGCAAGGCAAAAUCUACUUCUGCCUCGAAAGAGCUCCCAGGGCCCCAGACUGAAGGCAAAACUGAGUUUGCUGAAUAUGCCUCGGUGGACAGAAACAAAAAAUGUCGUCAAAGUGUUAAUGUAGAGAGUAUCCUUGGAAAUUCAUGUGAUCCAGAAGAGGAGGCCCCACCACCUGUCCCUGUUAAGCUUCUGGACGAGAAUGAAAACCUUCAGGAGAAGGAAGGGGGAGAGGUGGAAGAGAGUGCCACAGACACGACCAGUGAAACUAACAAGAGAUUUAGCUCAUUGUCAUACAAGUCUCGGGAAGAAGACCCCACUCUCACAGAAGAAGAGAUCUCAGCUAUGUACUCAUCAGUAAAUAAACCUGGACAGUUAGUGAAUAAAUCGGGGCAGUCGCUUACAGUUCCGGAGUCCACCUAUACCUCCAUUCAAGGGGACCCACAGAGGUCACCCUCCUCCUGUAAUGAUCUCUAUGCUACUGUUAAAGACUUCGAAAAAACUCCAAACAGCACACUUCCACCAGCAGGGAGGCCCGGCGAGGAGCCAGAGCCUGAUUAUGAAGCGAUACAGACUCUCAACAGAGAGGAAGAAAAGGCCACCCUGGGGACCAAUGGCCACCACAGUCUCGUCCCAAAGGAGAACGACUACGAGAGCAUUAGUGACUUGCAGCAAGGCAGAGAUAUUACCAGGCUCUAGCAACCCAGAAGACAACCCUGGAUAGCCUGUGAUCAGUGUCUGGGGACGUUUCUUCUGUGGAAGAGAAGAAGUGACACAAACCUAUACUUCAUAUGCUGCUUUAUUCACCUGAAGAUGGUUGGAGAGGCCCUGUCGACUGUUCUCCCAGUUGUUCAGUUUCUGAGACAGAGAGGUACGGACUAGGCUGCACCUGAGUGUGCCCCUGCCUGCCAGAUGGACAGGCACACCCAAGCACAUCUCCCUGCUGCACCCUCACCGCCCACAAAAGAUCCCAGCUGUCAGUGGUCUCAUCUCAUUAGUGAGGAAAGCCAAGCUGUAUGGAAAAACUGCACUCACCAAGGACCGCAAUGCCCCCGGCCUAAAGUACUGCCAUUCAGAAGAGCAGGUUUUUCUUCCUCUCUUUCCUUUUCUCUGUCUGCUAUUGACUUUAAGGCUUUUUUCCCCUUGAAAUGUCCAGAUUCCUGUGGUUCAUUCCAAGGAAAUUUUCACACAAAGCUUGGCCUUUGCCCUCAAUGUAGGUGUUUUAGGAUGGCGACAAACCAUGGCUGCUGCUUUCUGCCCAGCUCGCCAGUCCUCCCCAAAGAGCCGCGCAUCAGCACCUGGAGAUCUGGACCCUGCGGGUGAAGGGAUGGGGAGGGACGUCCCUGGAGUCUCUUCUGUCUUUGUUGCUUCUUAUUUUGGCAUUCUAUAUCAGCAGCCUCUCCCCAAAGUACUUGAAGUCAGUUUUAGAUGCUUUAUUUUAUUUUUCUAGUCAAAAACGUGUUUCCCCCAGUGUUUGAAAACUCGUCCGAACCUUUUCAGUAUUUUCCAUGAGUAUUGUGGUACUUCUAGACUUGUUUAAGCCCAGAACUCAUUCCUUCAAAACAGAGAGCCUUAAUCUUUAUGUUGGGACACAGACCACAUAUCUGGACGGCAGCCAUGCAUCCAUCUCUGAAGGGCUGUGGACAUGAAUGUGUAUUUCCCAUGGUCUCCGCUGCCCACACCAACAGUGUGGCAUCUCAUAAGUUAACUGCUACCCUAAGGUAAUCUAAGAUUAAAAUGUAAACAUUUAUUUUUGUUAUGUAAGUUUAUAAGAUGUUUUAUGUUCAAUGCCUAAUUUCUCAAAAGUGCCAGAAAAAAAUGUAUAUUAGCUAUUUUGAUUUUAUGUACAAUGAUUUAUACUCUCCUUUUGAAAAGUACCAUAAAGCACACAAGCUAGAUCGCUACAAGGAGCUGUUAUCUUUUUUCUAAUCAAGUGUUUAAAACACUGAUGGUUUUUAAAGACUCACCUUUUUAAAUGGUACUUGGAGCUCCUGAUUCAAAUUACCUAGACCCCCUAGAGAAAUAAAUGGAAUAUACAUAAAUAAUCAUUUUCAGUGGUUUAUGGUGGGCAAUAUUGCAGUAUUUGAAAUGGUAAAAAUGGAAAGAAGAACAAAAUAUGAUGAGAGGUGGCUGUGAAUUAUAAACCUCAUAAAAGUGUCAUAAUUCCAUUAAGGUUUAAUUAUAUUUUUUCAGAAAACAGUGAUGAAUUCUGUAGUCCAGUGCUUGCCAAUGCAAAUUGCCUAUUGGAAUCUUCUUCCUAUAUUUUACAAACAUCAGUGGCUGAAAUAGCUCAGAGUAAGAGCUCAGCCUGGUUUGAAUGUAAUCAUCUCUUUAGAUCUUAUAAGGCCAGCAUUAGGAAACUUGUUCACUUUUCAUUUUCAAAGGAGCCUAGUUGAAGUGCUAUUAUGAGUGUGGGCUAUGGAAAGACAGCUUUUCCUACACUGAUAAAGAAAAAAAAUGAGGAAAUUAUUUCAUCCCCUUGUGACAUCUGUGACUUUUUGGAUUUAAUAAUCUUGCUGUUUUUCCUCUUUAUGACAAAGAAUAUAGUUGGGAGGAUGACGUGUCUUAAAAAUUGUAGAGACCAGCUCACUGGAAUGUUUUUCCAUCCCUGUAUUCAUGGCUUGACUUUGUGACUGCUCUACACUGCAUGUCUGACAUUGCAAAGUGAGCUAUGUUGAGGUAAACUGGUUGGUUGUCAUUAUUUUGCAAUCAGCCUGGUCUCUCCCAUGAAGAUGUCAUGUGCAUAAGCACAAUCAUCACUGAUUAGAAGAUCACAGCAGAAUACCCUUGGAUUAGAGAGAAGUUUGUACCUUGCAUUUCUCUGAAUUCUAGUCUCUCAUAAGCACUGCUUUGCCUGGUGAUUUUCACUGCUUUGUGUUAAUGACUGAGCGAUCUCUCACAUGAUGGGGUUCUUUAGUACAUGGUAACAGCCAUGUCAUCUUACACACCUAGCAUUGUGCAUGCUGUAGUGACAUCCUCUAUAGGCAUCUUACAGCUCAAAACUUUUGUUUCAUUUCAUGCCUUACUUAUCAAAAAGGCAGGAAAGUAGGUAUGAUCUCUAAAGUAAAAAAAAAAAAAAAACCUUUUUAUAGAAAGCUCAUAAAUAAUCAUGUCAUUUUGCAAUUUUGUUACGAAAAUUUCCCCCAAGAGUUUUCAAAUAUUAGUUCUGCAAUGUGGCUAUGAAAUAUGCACGAAAUAUACCUUUUAAUUUGAGGACCAGUGGUUAGAAUAAGCUGUGAUAUAAAGUAUUUUCAGUGUAUUUUUAAAGGAACUAUAAGGCCCUCCAGCAUAAACGCUAAAAGAAUAGAUGGUAGCACAGGCCAUGAGGGCUGGGGGAGAGAAGCAGAGUGAACCUUAGAAAGAUGGCUCAGCUAUUUGGAGCACUGGAUAUUUUACUGAAGUAUAUUUACUGAGGCACCAUCAGUGUUUUGACUGUACAGUAUAGUUUUUCAUAAAUUUCAUCACAUUUACUUUGUUCAGAAUCUGGGCUUGAAUCUUUGAGUUGGACAAAAGCCUAUGGUUUCUUUUAAAAAGUUUCAUCUUGAGCUAAUGCUACAGUUUAAAUAAAAUGUAUGAAAGGUAGUUAUCAAAAACAAUUUGUAUAUUUAAAAUUCUAUUUUGACAUCCAUUUUUUACAGCGAAUUAUAGCAAGUUAUGUGAAAUUUAAAAAUAAAUUUUAGGAAAUUUUUUUAUCUUGUAAGAAUUAUAAAUCUAUCUCAGUUAAAAGUAGGAUCUUUGUUUUUAUUCAGAUAUUUUGAAAGUUUAGAAGCAUUUUGUAUGCUACUUUUGGUAUUUCUUAAGUAUAGUCAGCAGGAAAGGGUAACCUGUUUUAUGCAAAAUUUUUUUAAUUUGUCAAAUGUUUUUAGUGUGUCUACUUUCUGAAAUAGUCUCAAUAUCCUGUCUGUAUCCUAGGCAGACAACUACACAAGAACAAAAUGCUAUAUAGAAAAGAAAAUAUUUGAGGAAAUCUUAAAUUCCAUAAGAAAGUAAUUCUUGCAAGAAUGUUGGCUACAUUUUUUUUUCUCUGUCCUGAAUAAAUUACAUCAUUAGGUCUGUUGAAGCUUUUGAAGCUACCACUAUUCUUUCUGGGAUAAAAGCUAAUUACUGAUUUAUUUGCCCUCAAAAUCCCAGAGUUAAUUCUAAUUGAGUACUAAAUUAACAGUAAGUAGUUAACACAGAGAACUAAAAUUUAACUGCAUUAUAUCACUGUAUAUAUUUCUCAUGAUUUUUGCUAAUUAGAGCAUUUACUUAACCAGUAAUAAACUACACACACACACACACACACACACAUAUACGUGUGUGUGUAUAUACUUGGCUCUGACACAACUCUGGUGCUUAAUUAGGAUAUGUUCUAUUAUGUAUUUUGAAUGUUUAUCCUGCUAGUGCGAUGAACUUUUGUUGGAAAAGCAGAAUUCGAAGGAACAGUUUUUCAAUCAGUUUCAUUUGGUAAUUACAGGAAAACCUUGAGUUGCUCUAAUUUAAUUUUUCCAAUUAAUACAUUUAGACUUUAAAUUGCAUCCGUAAUUCUCUUGGCUGAAAAACAGUGGUAUUUUAAAACAGUUUUGUUAUACAUGUGACUUACUUUUGACUCGGCCUGAGAGGAGGAAAUGUAAAGAGGUAAGAGAUUUGGCCUAAAGCAGCAAGAGACUAGUAACCUUGAGCCAGGACAAAGCCAAGACAACGUGACUCCCAAGUAGCAGGAGCAGAGGUCGGUCACCUGUGGCAUUCUGUUUCAUUCCCUUUUAAAAUUAUGAGACUUUAUAGGCAGUGUAAAACAUCAGCAGGCAGCGAUGUGAUAGGAUGUGCAAAAAAACUGGUCUGAUACCACGGCUAUAAUUACAGAGUUUUAGUUCAAUUAGGAUUUUGUAAGUGAGCAAAUGACCUUUUUUUCCAGUGCCCCUUGUAAUAGUUAAUAUGAGUCCAUGCAAUCCUGUGAUGCCAUUCUCCUGAAGGUGUUGGUUUCUGGUACCCAGCCAGCUUAGCUUUGGCUGCUAGAAGCACAGUAGGUACUGAUGAUUACUUCCUGGAAAUCUUGACAGGCUUAUUGUACUGUGUAAUGGGGAAAAGUUAAAGUAUAAUGUUUGGUGUUAAUAAAUGACUGAUGUGAAAAUAGGAACAUGUGUCUUUAAUAUCAAAUAUGGCUUUAUUUGCAGUGAAAUCUAAAUUCCUUAUUCUGCAGUAGUAUUUUCUUGCCCUGUGUUGUAUAUUUUCCUAAAUAACAUUUUUCCUGACAGUGGCUUUAAGCCAGUUGAACACACUUAGACUGAAAGUGUUUAAUUUAAAGAGAUCAGUCCAGAAACCAUGAUAAAUUAGAAUCUUUAUCUGGAAUUACCAAAUUAAAAUUUAAAAUCAUGGUCCAGAAGAGAACAAACAUUCAUGGUUUUUUUUAUCCUACUGCUCAUUUUUAGGUCUGUGUUUACAUCUAGUCUCUACUAUUUGUGAAGUAUGUCAUUAUUUUUUUCAAGUUCUUCUUUGACUUAACUGAAAAAUAAUAUUCCAAAUUCUUAAUGUAACAUGAAAAGAGAAAUACAAUUUUUGCUUAAAAGACAUUUUUUCAAAAGCAUUCAAUUCAGUAAUCAUUUCUGUUAAUACAGGAAGUUUUUUUGGCUUGCCAGUUAUAUACUGUGGGUAUUUUUUAAAAUGUGCUAUCCUUGGGUUGUCUCAUAUCACCUUGUGUAAUCAUGUAUUACAAAGGUUGAUAGUUGUCAUUUCUCAGAUGUCUGUAUGUUACAUUGGCAGCAGUAAAAUGUUUUAAUGUUGUUACCUUUUAAAUAAUUGUGUUGUAUUAACAUGCCUCAUAUUUUCUGGGGAAACUUGAAAUAUAUCUAAACAAAAAAGGUCUGUUAUAAAUAGGAAUUGGCAUUUCAUUGUUAAUGUUUUUUCCUCAUAAAAAUAGUUACACCAAAAGUGACAUAUUGUCUAUUACAUGGGCCCAAUCAGUAUUAAAGUACUCCCCUUACUCAAAAAUAUUAAAAAAUAAUUCAUGACACUUAGUAGCAUUUUCAUUGAUUGUUUCAAAAGAUCUUCAUAAUGGUCAAAUUGUCCAAUUCACAAAAGAGUGAGACAGUUGUUUUCAGUACUGGGAAUUUUUAAACCUUAGUUUUAAGACCAAAAAUAUCUCUUAUUAGCUUGAACAUUUUGUGAUUACUUUUCCCUCCCCGGAUCUAGUCCUUUUAAGGAGUACGUCUAAAGAAUGAGGCCAUGAAGUCACUAUUUCCUCCCACCUCAGUUUGUCUCCUGGUACUUAGCUGGCCUAUCGCUUUGUGUAGCAAUACCCCUGGGUCUCUUCCCCACUCAGCCUUCUGUAUCUACUAUUCACAGGACAUGCCAUUAUGUCUUUCCAGUAUGGAUCACAGUGCUGCCAUAUCACAGACCCUGCCAGCCGGCACAGAACCAUGCCUCGUCACAGCUCUGCCCAACUCACAGGCUGCCAAGAUGAGGCCACAGGUCCACCUAGGGCGGCAGAUGCUGGUGCUAUUUGUCACGACUUUUGCCAAAACAUGUACACUGUUGCUCACAUCUUUCAUAAGAAUGGUUGACAUUAAGGGGCCAUGGAAAAGCACUUUUAAAAAAUUAUGUGGUGGAAUCAAACUCACAGAGGCAGAAAUGUUAGCGCCAUGCUCUAACCAAGUAAGCUUAGUGUUCCCCACAGUGCUCUGUAUCUGGCCUGGGUCUCCUCAAGCGGCAACCCCCACUGUCCAGCAUGUGGAAGGUAGAUCCUUAUGACAACACCAGACCCAUAGUUACCAGGAAAAAAAAAGGAAGCUGAGUGUUGUGAAGGGGAAGAAAUCCUUUUUAUAAGAAGUAAUCAUUUUUAGGCCGGGUGCAGUGGCUCAUGCCUGUAAUCCCAGCACUUUGGGAGGCUGAGACAGGUGGAUCACUUGAGGUCAGGAGUUUGAGACCUGCCUGGCCAACAUGAUGAAACCCUGUCUCUACUAAAAAUGCAAAAAAAAUUAGCCAGGCAUGGUGGCAUGUGCCUGUAGUCCCAACUACUCAGGAGGCUGAGGCAGGAGAAUCACUUGAACCUGGGAGGCAGAGGUUGCAGUGAGCUGAGAUUGCAACACUGCACUCCAGCCUGGGCGACAGACCAAGACUCCAUCUCCAAAAAAAAAAAAAAAAAAAAAAAAACACCUUUUUAAAGUAAA